AUGUCUAAGACAGUACAGUACGGAACUUUCCCACCUCCGCCGCCAGAUUCUGAUGAAGAAGGAAAUUCAAAUAUACCAGAGCAAGGUGAUGUUGCUAAUACAUCGCAACCGACCAACUCUUCUGCUGCACAACCACAGCCUCGUGGGGAUGGUGAUACGACAGAGCAUGCUUCAGGGCUACAGGCUGGCAUAUCAAACCCAACCCAGGCAGGGCCUUCUAUGGCAGCAACGGAGCUCUCCGCAGAAGUCGUUGCUCAAGCUGAUGUCGCGAGUUCAAUCCCUGCAGAGUCUUCUACGGAAGCAAUGGGACCUCCAUCAGAGCCUAUUGAUCCGACUAGCACAAGUUCAACCCAGACAGAGACCUCUGCAUUAGCACCAGAUCGCGCAAUAGAACCCGUUGCCGAAACUGGUGCUACAAAUUUCACACCAGUUGAGCCCCCUACAGAAUCAAUAGAGCGUCCAUCAGAGCGUCUUGUUCUGACGGGCAUAACGAACCCAACUCAGGCUGAGACUUCUGUAGUGGCAACGGAACACCCCGUGGAGCCCGUUCGUCAAGCUGAAAGCAAUCCCGCCCCGGCAGAAUCUUCCACGGCGACAGAGAGCCAGCCAGAGCCCGUUGAUCAUACUGGCACCUCAAACCCAGUCCAGACAGAGAUUUCUGCAGGCCCACAUCAGCCCCCCACUGAAACGAGAGCGACCCAAACAGAACACUCUGUAGCGGAAGGACGCAGUCAAACGGUGUCUGCACCUAGUUUUCUGGCAUCUGGAGGCAUCGAGGCACCGACUGACCGUUCGUCAAGACAAUCCGAACCAGAGGAGCGCCGGGGAAGGGCACGUUAUCGAGGUGAACAACCACAACGUUUUCAUACUCCAGCAGCCGGUCCUGGACUCGCCAUAACUGGAACCCAUGGUGAAUUCGCUCGACUUGACCCCGGAGAUGAACCUCGAGCCCACGCGGGUGUUUUACCGGAUUAUGCGCACCCUAGACCAAUUACCGCCGCUCAGCUUCCACCUUGUGCUGCAUUCAGGACAUUAUACAAUGUAACAGCCCCCGAGUUCGGCGCAUUUUUGCAAAAGGCCUUAGACGAUGCGUUCCGAGCACUUUUCCAAAGGGGUCCAUCUACAAGGCCCGGCGAGAGAUAUCCCAGACCACGACGCUCUCCUGGUUGCAGUGCCAAAUGUUACUUCUCCCACCAUCAUACUUUCAGGGAGCUUGACCCAGGUUGGUUGGACGAACUACGAGAUCACCGGGGUGAGAUUCCGCACGACGCUGAAGAGGACUGGUUUGGCAGGAAAUCUGAGCAUAAGGACAAGAGGAGUCGUGGCAAUGCUACCUUUGAAGAUAUGAGACAGUACUGGAAGAACAGACAUACUACACAUCUUCCGGAAUAUGUGCCUGGAAUUAAAGUGACCAAUAUUCACACGUACGAUUGCGAGGACGUGAGACUCAUCAACUGGAGGGACGUCACUGCAGAAAGUGAGUACAAGCCAAAGAAACACCUCUCAUCCUCUUCUAGCAAGGUUGUGCUGAUUAAAGUCAAAGCUUUUGACCCGGAACACCUUACGCGGUCGGAGACUCAGCUGCCAUCUUAUGCAGAGACCGCUGACCCCCGUCGGCCAAGGCAAACCUAUGCAGAUGUUCCACCAGAGGGAAGUCCUGGACACCCCGCAAAUGGUAACAACGCUUCAACUGAGCCCAGGGGCUCUGGAAUUGCUCAACCAGUAUCUGCUGAGACUGGAAGUACAAGUUUCCGGACUGCAGCAGCGGAAGCUGGCAGUUCAAGAAAUGUUUGGCCUACACCGAACGCCGGAAGUUCGAUGAGUCUCCCAAAUAUACCUGGUACAGCUGGAAGAGUUGAAAGCUCAGUGGAUAUUACCUAUCCUCUCCGAUCUGCCUCGGCCGAUGCUCUUGGCCCAAGGGACGUUCAACCUGCAUCAACAGAAGCUGGGGGUUCUAGAGGAUUCGGGAACACACCCACAACAGCUGGAAACUUGAAAGGUGUUAACUCUCUCCAGACUACUCCGGUCGAAGCCGGGAGCUCAAGGGACACUCAAUCUAACCCGGCAGAAGCCGGAGGUUCGAGCAGAUUCCAAAGUAAUUCCGCUACAGCUGGAAGCUCGAGAGACAUCAAUACUCACCAGACUACCCCAGCCGAAGCCGGGAGCUCAAGGGACAUUCAACCUGCGCCUAAUGAAGCUGGAAAUCCAGAAAAUACUGACCAGUCUGCCCAACAGAGGAGACCAGAGGAGGGAUCAAAUUCUCAAACCGAGCCUGAUACACAGCACCCAUCUAGGGGUGUCCCAACUGGAUGGUUGGACUCUCUCUUUGUUGUGCAUCUUCCUCUCGUGCAUACAUGCUUUGCCAACCAGCGGAGAAUGCAUCGUGUUAGGCGGACUAUUUACCCCUCAUAUAUCUCGGUUGGGAUGGUGAGACAGCUGCCCAGACUCCAGACACAGAGGCAUGACAGAUUUGAAUGGUUGUUUACGGUUUCAGCAAGGCCACAAAGUAGAUUUCUAUUCCCACGCUGGUUGAAGAACCUGUACAUCGGUAUGCCGCAUCUCAUCAAGGAUGAGCCUGGGGAAUUUAUGAGGAUGCUUACCUGGCGUCGCUUCAACCCGCGAACCCCACGGAAAAGAUCUUUGAUCAGAUGGUAG